CUCUAGUCUGGCCCGUCCCCGGCGCGGGAAAAAUUUCAAUCCCGCCUGGCGGCCGCAGCGACCGCCAAACCCUUCACAACUCUCACAUGCCUCCGCUUCUUAGGCUUUUACAUCCCUGACUCCCGGCAUCACACGAGUGGAAGCAGAGAAGUUCAAACCACGGCCGCCGCCAUGUCUGAGGCUUAUUUCCGGGUGGAGUCGGGUGCGUUGGGGCCCGAGGAAAACUUUCUGUCCUUGGACGACAUCCUCAUGUCCCACGAGAAGCUCCCGGUGCGCACAGAGACCCCCAUGCCUCGCCUCGGUGCUUUCUUCCUGGAGCGGAGCGGAGGGGCCGAGACUGACCACGCGAUCCCUCAAGGCUCAAAGCUUGAGCUCCCCUUGUGGCUGGCAAAGGGACUUUUUGACAACAAGCGGCGGAUCCUUUCCGUGGACCUUCCCAAGAUCUACCAACAAGGUUGGAGGACGGUGUUCAGUGCCGAUGCCAACGUGGUGGACCUGCACAAGCUGGGGCCACACUUCUACGGGUUUGGCUCUCAGCUCCUGCAUUUCGACAGUCCAGAGAAUGCAGACAUUUCCCAGUCUCUGCUACAGACAUUCAUUGGACGUUUUCGCCGCAUCAUGGACUCUUCCCAGAACGCUUACAAUGAAGACACUUCAGCACUGGUAGCCAGGCUGGACGAGAUGGAGAGGGGCUUAUUUCAAACAGGACAGAAAGGACUGAACAACUUCCAGUGUUGGGAGAAGGGGCAGGCUUCUCAGAUCACAGCCUCCAGCCUCGUUCAGAACUAUAAGAAGAGAAAACUCACUGACAUGGACAACUGAAGGCCAGAAGAACACAGAAGUGCUCCCGUUGAAGUGAACCACUCUGUGUGUCCUUGAUAGGAGCCUCGUUGACCUUGUAUAGGACCAGAACCGUGUCCCAUGUCAUGGCUUAUUUCCCGCAGCAGUCCCGGGAGUAGUACCAUCCGGUUGGGAAAGGACAUGCGGGAGGAUGUCUCUGGCCUAUAAGGCAUAUGAGACUGUCCCACCCUGCUGACCCAUCAGCCCAGGCCUACUUAACCCAUGAACCCCCAGCCAGGGAGAAACCAAAGUCCUUCAUAAAGAAGUGGGUAAUACGUGCAUCACAGUACAGUUGGAACCGGGGUCCCUUGUGCCCAGGAGUGUAAUAGCCUCCUAUGUCCAGUUUCACUAGCUCUAAAGGACAGGUACAGAUGGGCCGUCUUCGCCUGCUCACAAAGGUUCUCUUGAGCUUACUUGCCCCAUCUUCCUUGUGGGUGCUCAGAGGACAGCACCCCCAGGAUGCUAGCCUUACUUAUGUUCUGUGCCUGUGGGGAAUUACCCCAAUUUCCAAAGACAGUUGCCAAGAAUAAAGAAGAAAAAGGAGAAGGCAGAUGAAUGGAGGGGCUUUUACUAAAAGGAAGGCAUUGCUUUCCUUCUCUGUCCUCGGGGCUUUAGGGUCCGGGCGUCACAGCACUCUGCAGUCAGCCUGGAGGGGAAAUGGUUAACCCGAGCCUGGCUUUUGUCUUGAGAUCUUCAGAGCCACCUGCACAGCAGUUCCUUCCCUCCCU